AUGCACAAUACAUCGCCGCCCGCCUACGUUCCCAUCUCCGCCUACCCCGAUCCAGCGCCCGUGCCCCCAUCGCGGCCUUCCGUCUCGGAGGCUCGCCCUUCUCCGGCCCCCGCGCCGCCUAACGCGUCCUCUCCCGCCGCCGGGGCCGCCGACCUGGUCUCCAGCUUUAAGGAGCACGGCAGGGCCCUGAUCUCCGCCCAGCGCCCGUGGCUGCAGCUUCUCGACGUCACCGCCCUCGCUCGCCCCGCCAGCGCCGGCGACGCUUGCUUCCGCCUCCGCCAUAACAUAGCCUACUUCCGCACCAACUACACCCUCUUCUGCCUCUCCGUCCUCGCCGUCUCCCUCCUCUGGCACCCUGCCUCCUUGUUCGCCUUCAUCGCCCUCACCGCCGCCUGGUUCUUCCUCUGCUUCACCCGCGACCGACCGGUCGUCCUCUGCGGCCGCCCGAUCACCGACGGGACCAUCCUCGGCUAUGGUUUAUUCAUGAGAAAAGCAGUAUUACAUAGAUAUCAAUGUAGCAAAGGCUAG